GAGAAGUAAGACAGGAAGUGAAGCUCGUCGCAAGGUUUGGCUGACACUGCACAGGCGACAUUUUGUACUUGAGCGACGGGUUUGACAGCAUCGGGCCGGAGGAAAGCGUCAGGUCUGGUCUGCUGAGGAGGAUUCCUGCCAGGAAGUCUCACCAGUGCAGUCACAGUCCUCGACCCGACGACGACAAUCACAUGGGGGUCGGAGAUGACAGCGGGCCAGGAAGGCUGAGUCGCAGGUUCUCCCGCUUUAGCGGCAGGCAUCAUUCCAGGGACGCUGCCAGAGCACCGCCUCAGCCCAACAGAUCUCCAGCGCCACCGGAGCGUCCAGCUCAACAAGAUGACAGGGUUCCUUUGCCAGACCCUGUUCCGCCACCAGCACCAGCUCCACCCCAGGUUCCAUCACGGGCUCUGCUAUCUCCACCUCCUACCCUGGCCGUCAAAGCGCAUCCCAAACGGCCGGACAGAACCACCAAGCCCAAACUGCCACCUCGGCCUCCGUGCAAGGUGUUCAGUAGUUGUGAGCACGGCUCUGCCGUGUUACAGGGUUUGGAUGCUUUUCGGGAAAAUUACGUCCUGUGUGAUGUCGUGUUGGUCGCGGGAGACAGUCAGGAAAGGUUCCCAGUGCACAGAGUCAUCAUGGCAUCAUCCAGCGACUACUUCAAGGCUAUGUUCACAGGCGAGUUAUCUAUGAAGGUCCCUGCAGGAGGCAUGCGGGAGCAGGAGAUGACAGAGAUCAAGCUGCACGGAGUCACUAAAUCGGGUUUAAAGAACAUUCUGGACUUCAUCUACACGUCCAAAGUCAACCUCGAUAUGAGCAACCUCCAGGACACUCUGGAAGCUGCAAACUUCCUGCAGGUCAUGCCCGUUCUCGCCUUCUGUAAUCAGCUUCUGAGCAGCGAGAUCACGGUUGAUAAUUGUGUGGAGGUGGAGAGCAUUGCUUCUGACUUACUUCUGGAGGAUGUGCAGAAGAACAUUGCUGAGUUUGUGAGCCACAACCUAUCGGCGAUGGUGCAGUGCGGUCGCCAUCUGCAACUCUCAGAGAAGACCAUCACCGGCGCUCUCGCCAGCAACUCUCUGAAGGGCUUCUCUGAAAUGGAGCUCUACCACAUCGCCAAAGGGUGGCUGAGUCACGACCCCGCCAAGCGCAAUUCAUCCGUCUUUGCACUGAUGCGUCACAUCCGCUUCCCGCUGAUGAGCCCUUGCGAGCUUAUCCACAUCUCCCAAGAGGAGGAGGAAGAUGAACAAGACUCCCUGAUGCGUUCAGACACCUCCUGCGUGAACCUCCUGCUAGAGGCCAGCAACUACCAGAUGAUGCCCUUCAUGCAGCCGGCUCUGCAAAGUGAGCGCACGCAGAUUCGCUCGGACGCUACGCACAUAGUGGCGCUGGGAGGCGUGAUGCGGCAGCAGCUUGUGGUGAGCCGCGAGCUGAGAAUGUACGACGAGAACACCGGCCACUGGAGAGCCCUGAAGCCGAUGGAGGUGCCUUGCUACCAGCACGGCGUAGCUCUCCUGGGCGGCUUCCUUUUCAUCGUUGGAGGUCAGAGCACUUACGACACCAAGGGUAAGACGGCCAUUGACAGUGCCUACCGCUACGACCCGCGCUUUAAUGCGUGGCUUCAGAUUGCUUCGCUCAACGAGAAGAGGACCUUCUUCCACCUCUGCGCUCUGAAGGGAAGAUUGUACGCAGUCGGCGGCAGAAACGCCACAGGAGAAAUAGCCACGGUGGAGUGCUACAAUCUGAAGAGAAACCAGUGGACGUUUGUGAGCAACAUGAUGGAGUCUCACUACGGACAUGCUGGGACAGUCCACGGAGACCUGAUGUACAUCUCAGGUGGCAUCACCCACGACACCUUCCAGAAAGAACUGUGGUGCUACAAUCCGGCAUCUGAUGCGUGGAGCCGGAAAGCCGACAUGAUGGAGCUGCGUGGCCUCCACUGCAUGUGCACGGUGGGCGACAGACUCUUCGUCAUGGGCGGCAACCACUUCCGAGGCAGCAGCGACUACGACGACGUGCUGGGCUGCGAGUACUACAGCCCCGCCGCCAACCAGUGGACCGUGGUGGCACCCAUGCCGCGGGGCCAGAGCGACGUGGGCGUGACCGUCUUCCAGGGUCGCAUCUACGUGGUGGGGGGGUACUCGUGGAACAGCAGGUGUAUGGUGGACAUCGUGCAGUGCUACGACCCAGAGGGCGAUGUUUGGGACCGUGUCUUCAACGUCUUGGAGCCUCUGGGGGGGAUCCGAGCCUGCACCAUGACCGUUCAUCUCCCGGAGGGCUCGGUGGACGAUGCUCAGAUGCAAGAAGGACCGUUGCCUACAGCCAAGAACUGACGCUGUGCAGGAGGACAGAGCAAGGGGGGCAACAGAACAUCAAGCGUCAACCUGAGAUAGGUCAAAACUGAAAGCUAAAUUAGGACAAAUGAGCCCAAGGGAAUGUGGCAUUUGACUCUUUUCUAAUCCCCCAAUCGCUCCAUUCCGGGAAUGGAAGCCAUCACGACGCUCUGCACCAUCGCACAAUGCAAGUUGUUGAAAAGCAGACUCAUUCGUUUCAGAUGCUCUCAUCAGCCACGCCCUCUCCUGGCCUACCAAUCAGCUGCCCUCCUGUGCUUCAGUCGCUGGACGCCAUUUCUAGCCUCAUUUACUAGUGAGGUCCCAUUCCCACCCUUUCCUCACAAUGCGAGGUGGUUAGCAUUACAGUAAUCCCUCACCACUUCGCGGUUCCAAUGUUGUGGCUUCACUUGUUGAGCAAAAAUCCAAAAAUCUGCAUACUUAAACAAACGUACAUAUGUUUUGUCCAAAUGACCAAUAUAAGGCAUUAUAAAGACGCAUUAUAAUAUGUUGAUAUGUAGUACAGUGUUCCCUCAUUUAUUGCGGGGGAUAGGUUCCCAAAAUUGCCUGCAAUAAGUGAAAUCCACAAAGUAGACAACUUCAUAUUUUUAGAUAUACAGGGGUGUGAAAAAGGGGUGCCCCCUUCCUGAUUUCUUUUUUUUGCAUGUUUGUUACACUUAAAUGUUUCACAACACAACACAACUGAACACAAAAUGCAGUUUUUAAAUAAAACUUUUUAUUAUUAAGGGACAAAAAAAAAUCCCAAACUACAUGGCCCUGCGUGAAAAAGUGAUUACCCCCCAUUAAAACAUAACCUAACUGAGAUGAACUAAGAUCUAUCAGUGUGGAAAAGGUUAUAAAGUCAUUUGUAACGCUUUGGGACUCCAGCCAACCACAAAUGCCAAAACAUGGCACAGUGGUGAAUGUUCUCAGGAGUGGCCGGCCAACCAAAAUGACCCCAAGAGCGCAGCCACGACUCAUCCAAGAGAUCACAAAAGACCUCACAACAACAUCCAAAGAACUGCAGGCCUCACUUGCCUCGGUUAAGGUCAGUAUUCAUGACUCCACCAUAAGAAAGACACUGGGCAAAAACGGCCUGCAUGGCAGAGUUCCAAGACCAAAACCACUGCUGAACAAAAACAACAUUGAGGCUUGUCUCAAUUUUUGGUGAUCCUCAAGACCUUUGGGAAAACACUCUGUGGUCUGACGAGACAAAAGUUGAACUUUUUGGAAGAUGUGUGUCCCAAUACAUCUGGUGUAAAACAAAAAGAACAUCAUAGCAACAGUAAAAUAUGGUGGUGGUAGUGUGAUGAUCUUCAGGACCUGGAAGACUUGCUGUGGUCAAUGGAAGCAUGAAUUCUGCUGAAGGAGAAUGUCGGUGACCUCAAGCUGAGAGCAACUUGGGUUCUGCAGCAGGACAAUGAUCCAAAACACACCAGCAAGCCCACCUCUGAAUGGAUGAAGACUUUGGAGUGGUCUAGUCCAAGUCCUGACCUGAAUCCUAUUGAGAUGCUGUGGCAUGACCUUCAAAG